AUGAGUUUUAGAAGAUUGCAGAGGUGCGCCAUAUUCUUGUCAGAAUUUGACUAUGAUCUUGAAUACAUUGAUGGUAAGAGAAAUUUAGGUGCUGAUGGAUUGUCCAGAUUUCCUGUACUUGAUAAAUAUGGCAGUGACACUGAUGAAGAGGAAUGUGAGUAUAUUAAAUUUAUCGAGAUUAAUAAGGUACAUUGAUUUCAAAGUUACUAGUUGAAGGUUACUAGAAAAGAUUGCAUUUUGGGGAAUGUUUAUUUGUUCAUUGAAGCAGGUUGGCAGGAGAAAAUAAGUGAUGAGUUGAAGCCUUAUUUUGUGCAUAGAAACGAACUAAGUUGUAAACAAAAUAUAAUUAUGUGGGGAUAUAGGAUAGUGAUGCCAUCUAGGUUAAGAGCAGCAAUUUUAAAUGAGUUGCAUAGUUUUCAUAUGGGAAUUUCAAAAACUAAAUCUUUGGCGAGAGGAUACUUUUGGUUUCAAAUUUAGAUGAGGAGAUUGAAUCUAAUUAAGAAUUGUAAUGCAUGCAUGACAUUUAGAUCAAACCCUCCUAAAGCAAAAGUAAUUUACUGGCCAAUCACGAAUAAACCUUAUCAAAGGAUUUAUAUUGAUUUCCUGGGAUCAAAUAAAUUAUUUAAUAGUAACUGAUGCCUACUCAAAAUGGUAGAAGGUGUUUCAAACUCCUAAAAUGGAUUCUAAGGUGAUAUUUUAUUAUCUUAGACAGGUAUUUGCAAGGUUUGGAUUACCAGAUUUAAUUGUUAGUGAUAACGGUCUUUAGCUAACUUCAGCUGAGCUUGAACAAUUUUUUACUCAUAAUGGUAUUAAGCAUGCUCUUUUUUUUCCAUAUCACCCAGCAACGAAUUUUGUUGCAAAGAAUACUGUCAGAUCUUUCAAAAGUUCAAUGUUUAGAAUGCUGAAAGAUCAAAAGAAUAAUAAUUUGUCAAUAAGUACGUUAGUAUUUCAUUAUUUACUUUCCUAUCAUACCACAACUUAUUAGGUUACAAAUGAAACUCCAUCUAAACUUAUGUUGGGACGAAAUAUUAAAAAUAGGUUAGGUUUUGUUAGACUUUUUCAGUCAGCAGUUAAAUCUGAAGCUGGAAAAAGGGAAGAAAGUUUCAAAGAGGAACAAGUAGUAUGUGUUAAAGAUUAUAGAACCAGUAAAAAAAUACUUUGGAUAAAAGGGAAUGUAAUACAAGUUUUAGGAGAGAGAACGUAUUUGAUUAAAUGCGAUGGCAAUACUGAGCGGAAAAGACAUUUAGAUCAAAUAGUUUCAGGAGUUAAACUAAAUGAUAUAGUUGUUCCUAAUGAAAUUGUAGCAGAAAAUACUGUUAAAAAAAAUAAUGAUAAAGUGGAUUUUAAUAAAGAAAGUUUGAGUGUUGGAGUGAGUUGUAGACCCGAAAAAAUUGUUAAAAAAACUGAUUUUUGA